AUGGCCUCGCCGCAACCCCGGCGCAUCAUCAAGAGGCACCAUGACGACGACGAGGAAGCUCUCGACAACGCCAAGCGAAGAAAGCGCUCGGAUUCGCAGACGUCAUCCCAGUUUGAACUGAGUGACGAAGACCGACUGCUGCUCAAGCUCAAGGAACAAGACUCGAUGCCGUGGAAAGACAUUGCCGCCCGCUUCCAGUCAGAACUCCAAAAGUCUUACCAAAUACCCGCCCUGCAGAUGCGCUACAAGCGCCUAAGAGAACGCAUGCGCGUGUGGACCGACGUUGACCGCAAAGCACUGCGCAUGGCACACGAGUACUGGGUGCAAAACAAGUUUGAAAUCAUUUCCCAAAAGAUGUUGGAAUUCGGCGCCCAAGAGAAAUGGACUGCUCGCCAAUGCUCGCGUCAGUGGCAAAUGAUGGACCACCCGCCAAUACCCUACUCCCAGUUCGAACCUCAUCUUCAGCACGGCUUUGCUCCCUACGCAAUGAGUCCUGUUGAGCCGUCGUCAAGUAACGGCCCCCUUUUCUUACACACAUGA